AUGGCAGCAGCAACAGGCCGUGAGCGCCUCAGCCUGAACCAAGGAUGGCGUUUCUCCCGCUUCACGUCGAACCCCGACUCCCUGUCUUACGACAAGCUGAAGAACUGGAUCUUCCCCUCGGCCAACGACUUCAUCAAAGGAACCCCUCGUCAGCGGCCCUCGGGAACUCCUCCAGGCAACGAUGUCAACUACGUGAAACCCACAUUCGACGAUAGCGCCUGGGAAGCCGUCAAUGUACCCCAUGAUUGGGCCAUCAAGGGCCCUUUCAAUGCACCGGGCAUCAGCGGCGGCAUGGGCCGCUUGCCUUCCAACGGUAUCGGUUGGUACCGUAGGAAGCUCGAAAUCCCAUCCGAUGAAAUUACCGCGGGCAAGUCCAUCUUCUUGGAUAUCGACGGCGCCAUGUCGUAUGCCGCGGUGUGGCUGAACGGCCAGUUGGUCGGUGGUUGGCCAUAUGGAUACAACUCGUUCCGUCUGGAUCUUACCCCGUAUGCGAAGGCGGGGGACAACCUGCUGGCGAUCCGCCUGGAGAAUGCAUUGGACUCUUCGCGUUGGUAUCCCGGCGGCGGUAUCUACCGGAAUAUUUGGCUCGUCAAGGUCGAUGCGACCCAUGUGGGCCAGUAUGGCACGCGCAUUACGACAUCAGCAGUCUCUUCGCAGUCCGCUACUGUGAAUGUAGUCGUCGACGUGGAAAAUAAGGGCAAUACGAGUCGAAAAGUCGAUGUCGUCACUGACAUCUUCGAACUGGAUCCAGCCACUGGCAAGGCCAAGGGGAAUGCCGUUGCUACCCUUGCACGAGCGACUGUCGAUGUAGCUUCAGGCGCAAAGAAGGCCGUCAAUGGAUCGACUACAGUGUCGAACCCGAAGCUCUGGGGCCCAGUGCCUGCGCAGAAGCCGAACCUCUACGUUGCCAUCACAUCGCUUUACGGGAGCGGAUCCUCAGCUCCAAUAGACACGUACGAAACUCGCUUUGGCAUCCGCACAAUCACGUAUGAUGCGAACAAGGGCCUCCUCGUCAAUGGCCAGCUCGUCCGGGUCCAGGGCGUCUGCAACCACCACGACCUGGGCUCUCUAGGCGCAGCAUUCAACUACCGCGCCGCCGAGCGCCAACUCGAGAUGCUGCAGGAGAUGGGCACCAAUGCCCUCCGGACCUCGCACAACCCACCUGCUCCCGAAAUCCUCGAUAUCGCAGAUCGCCUGGGUAUCCUGGUGCUCGACGAGAUCUUCGACGUGUGGAACAGCCAGAAGACGAACAACGACUUCCACCUCAUCUUCACCGACUGGCGUGAACCGGACUUGCGAUCUUUCCUUCGCCGCGAUCGCAAUCAUCCCUCAGUCAUUGCCUGGAGCGUUGGAAACGAGAUUGGAGAGCAGACCAGCGCGGCGGGCGGCACGACCGCAAAGCUCCUUCAAGAUAUCGUUCGCUCAGAAGAUACGCGCCCAAUGACUGCGGCCAUGAACGCUGCUUCGGCCAACAGCCCCAUCUCCGCCGUCGUGGACAUCAUCGGGUUGAACUACCAAGGCGAGGGCAUGGGCACCUCCACGUCGAGCAAGUAUCCGGAGUUCCACUCCAAAUUCCCCGAAAAGAUGUGCUGGGCCAGCGAGUCCUCCUCCGUUUUAAGUACGCGCGGCACCUACAUCUUCCCCGUGACAAGCGGCAACAGCGCUACCGUCGGCGGCGCAAACGCAGGCGGCGACCCCAACUCACGAUACGUCUCGGCCUACGACCUCUACGCACCCAGCUGGGGCUCCGCUCCCGACAAAGUCUUCGGAAUGCAAGACCGUUACCCCUACGUAGCCGGCGAGUUCGUCUGGACGGGCUUCGACUACAUCGGCGAGCCCACGCCCUACGACCAAUCGCGCAGCUCCUACUUUGGCAUCAUCGACAUGGCGGGCUUCAAGAAGGACCGCUUCUACCUCUACCAGGCGCGGUGGCGUCCCGACCUCCGCAUGGCGCAUAUCCUCCCCCACUGGACGUGGCCGGAUCGCGUGGGCCAGGUCACGCCCGUCCAUGUGUAUUCCUCGGCCGACGAGGCGGAGCUGUUCGUCAACGGCAAGUCGGCGGGGAGGCUCAAGAAGGAGCAAUAUACCUACCGCUUCCGCUGGGACAAGGUCGUCUACCAACCGGGCGACCUCCGCGUGGUGACCUACAAGAACGGCAAGGAGUGGGCGACGGCCACCAGGAAGACGGUCGGCAACGCGGCGAGGCUGAACGUGACGGCCGAUCGCACCAGCGUCGCCGGCGACGUGCUGGCCUUUGUCAGCGUUGCAGUGACGGACGCGGAUUCGGAGACGGUGCCUAGGGCGAAUCAUUCCAUCACGUUUUCCGUUUCCGGUCCUGGUCAGAUUGUAGCGACGGAUAAUGGCGAUCCGACGGAUAUGACGGUGUUUCCGUCAAAGGUGAGGAAGGCGUUUAAUGGGUUGGCGUUGGCUAUUGUGAGGGCUACGCCUGGGGCGUCCGGGACGAUAACGGUGUCGGCUGCUGCCGAGGGGCUUAAGGGGGCGCAGGUGACGAUACAGGCUGGUUAG